CUGCACAGCCUCUUAUUAUUAUCAAUGUUCUUGACACAUGCUCCACACAAUGUGAAGUACUUAAAAGGGGUGUGAAAUAAAGAAACAGAAAGAAUUUUCACAAAUAAAAACUAUAGAUUGUGAGUAUGCAUAGUUCUUGGGCAGUGCUGAGAAAACCCAGAUCAUCAAUCAUAUUUACCUUUUCCAGAAAAACUUACCGUCCCUUCUUUAACCAGGCCAAUAAAAAUAGUAGUGCACCAUUAGUUUCAUUGUCUAAUCUUUGUGGUGGUGGUGGCUGGAAUAACAGGUACAAAUACAGUGGCAAUGACAAGAGUAAUGAUGUGAAAUGUAGUUAUUUUUCAUGGUUUCUUAGAUCAGUGUGUUUGGGAGUUGUCGUCGGGUCUAGCUCUAAUUCUUGUAUAGCCUAUGCUGAUGAUUCUCAACAGCAGUAUGCUGAUGCAGCUGUCAAGAAACCAAUGUUCUUGUUUGGAGAUUCAUACAGAAAAAAGGUUUUCUUCAAGUAUGAAAAGCGCAUUAGAAUGCAGAGUCCUCCUGAAAAGGUGUUCGAGUACUUUGCAUCAUACCGAGCCCCUGACGGAGAAGUGUUUAUGACACCAGCUGACCUGAUGCGGGCAGUUGUUCCAGUAUUUCCUCCUACUGGAGACACUCGUGUAAGAGUGGGAAGUUUGAAAGGGGAGUGGUCUCCUGGAGACUUACAGUGUGCUCCGUCCGAGUUCUUCAUGCUUUUUGAUACUAAUAAUGAUGGACUAAUAUCUUUUGCAGAGUACAUCUUCUUCGUGACACUCCUAAGCAUACCCGAAUCAAGCUUUUCUGUGGCAUUUAAAAUGUUUGAUCUCGACAAUAACGGAGAGAUCGAUAAGGAUGAAUUCAGGAAAGUGAUGAACAUAAUGAGGUCCCAAAAUAGACAGGCCUCUAGGCACAGGGAUGGAAAGCGUCAAGGACUAAAAGUUUCGGGUUCUGUAGAGGAAGGAGGCCUUCUUGAGUACUUUUUCGGCAAAGAUGGUAAGGCCUGCCUUGAACAUGGAAGAUUCGUGAAAUUCCUGGAAGACUUGCACGAAGAAAUACUGCAAUUAGAGUUCAAACAUUAUGAUCACAAGUCAAGGAAAGCCAUAUCAGCCAAAGAUUUUGCACUGUCAAUGGUUGCUUCUGCUGACAUGAAACACAUCGAUAAAUUCCUCAAAAUUGUGGAUCAACUAGAGGACGAACCACGUAUGAGGGAUAUCCACAUCACAUUCGAAGAAUUCAAGAACUAUGCAGAGCUACGUAAAAGACUCCGCCCCUUGUCUAUGGCAAUUUCCAGCUUUGGGAAGGCGAAUGAACUGCUCACCAAGGCAGAUUUUCAAAGAGCUGCUGAUCAGGUCUGCGGCAUUCAGCUGAGCAACAAUGUAGUCGACGUGAUAUUUCAUGUGUUCGAUGUAAACCAUGAUGGAAGUUUAAGUGCAGAAGAGUUUCUCAGAGUCAUGCAAAGAAGAGAAGGGGAUGGUACUCUGCCUAGGGAAGCAGGUGUUAUGGGAUUGAUUUCAUGCUGGUUGUCUUGUACAAAAAGCUGUAAAUCUGCCCAGAUUUUUCGCUAGACUUGCUGGAGUAUGCUUUAUAAGAUUCAAAAGUUAGAUGAAGAAUAUUAUUACAUGUAAUCUACUAGUAUAUAAGUUUCAUGAGCAAUUGUAUAUAAGUUGGAGCUAAACUUAUAAUACUCCUUGGUGGAAAAUCCAAACUUGUUACUACUAUUUUCAUGACAAUUUUCCUCUAUCCAAUAUUAUUAUUACUGC